AUGGCUACCACCACGGCCAAUCGACCCAGAUAUCCCAUCGGCAUUCCAGCCAAGUUCUCCGUCGACGGCGAGGUUCAGCGGUACCCUGGAAACACGGUCCUCUGUCACAUUCCCCCUUCUUCGCCGCUCAUCCCGGCGCUCCAAGCCGUCUACACAGCACUGGCAGACCAUCCAAGGAUCGCCCCGUCCAUACAUCUCCUCCCACCGGCCUCCUGGCACAUGACAGUCUUCGACGGCAUGCGAGAGCGGGAGUGCGAGCCGGGGAUGUGGCCGCCGGGCAUGGCUAAACUGUCCCUCGCUGAGAGUACGGCCAUCUACCGCGAAAAGCUGUCGGCCUUUGGGCGGACGCAGCUCAGGGAGCUCGGGCUCGCGCCGCCCUAUAACAUGCGUGUGCGCGUGAUCGAGGCCGGUCCUGUCGGGAUCGGCCUGGAGCUCGAGGGCGCGACGGCCGAGGAGGAGCGGCGGAUGCGGAGACUGAGAGAUGCGAUUUCAGAUGUGCUUGGGUUUCGCGCGCCCAACCACGACGAGUACGGGUUCCACGUCAGCAUUGCGUACUUGAUGAGGCAUGUGGAUGGCGAGUCGAGGGAGGAGCUGGAGCGAGUGCUGAAGAGGCAUCUGCCGACGUUACAGGGGGAGGUGCUGAUACUGGGUGCCCCAGAGUUUUGUACCUUUGAAAACAUGCAUGCCUUCCCGAGAAUCAUGUACAUUGGGGAUGGAGAAGACUGA